CGUGUAAAUGACAGUAUUUCCUUUAGACAGAUGUAAAAUGUUUUAAAUUUUAAACCGGUGAAGUUGUAUGGCAUCCACGAUGUUUACUAACAAAACCAAAAGAAAUUGCGUAAUUGUUAUUUCGAUCUUCGUACAUAUAUAAAUCAGAAUUAGUACAAUAAUAACAGAUCGAAAUAAGUAAUUUAGUAUUGCAGAGGAUCGAAGGUUAUUAAGAAUUGUAAAUAUAUAUAUUUUCAUAUCUGCUGUUGGUGUUAAGAAUGAAAAGUAAAUAGAUUGAUUGCGAUUGGUAUGUAGAAGUACAACUUGUACUCUUCUACCAAAGAGAAUAUACACUCCAUUUUCUGUGAUAAGUAUUAAAUACAUCAUUUAUAUUGUAAACACUGUUAACUAUUGUAGAAGAAUGAAUCCAUUACUGAAAAUAUUUUUAUCCCAUUGUUGGGGAAAUAUGUAUUUAAUAGUAGGAUUGACCAUGGGCUUGAGUCUCAGUAUGAUAUCUGUAUCUAUAGAUACAAAUGAUUACAGUGACAAAACAGAACAUUUAAUACAGUCUACGUAUUAUCAAGAAGAUCUAGACGAAUACGAACCAAAGAUAAAUAUCAAUAGUAAACCACAACAGGCACAAAAAGUGCCGAAAACAUUGAUACGCCCAAGAUAUUAUUCCACGGAACUCGGAAUCAGAGAGAAACUAUUCGUAGGGGUGAUUACAAGUCAGCAAUAUUUACAUAGCAGAGAUAUAGCGAUCAAUAAGACAGUUGCUCACAUUGUGGAUAAAAUUCGGUAUUUCAUAUCUAUACCAGAAGGAACAAAGCCUAAUGUUACUCUUCCUGGUAUUGUUGGAUUCACGGAUACUAGAAGCAUAUUGAAACCAUUUCAUACUAUGAAAUACAUAAUCGACAACUACCUGGAGAACUAUGAUUACUAUUUCUUGACUAAAGAUGUAAGCUACAUCAAUGCUAAAAAAUUAGUACAAUUUGUUACCAAGAUUAGCGUAAGUCAGAACGUUCACGUCGGUGUUCUCGGAGAUAUUCCAAGUUAUUGUUCUUUGGAUUCAGGAAUUCUUUUAAGCAAUUCGAUCGUACAGGAGGUGAAAAAUAAUUUAGACUGGUGCGUGAAAAAUGCUUACUCCGAUUCGGAUGACGUUAAUUUCGGACGAUGUAUCGUUCAUUCGGCUUCGACGCGUUGCUCUACUCGCGUACAAGGUCAAAAUUACUUAUCCACCAAAUUAAAGUCCACAUUUUUAUUCGAACAGGACUUGGAAGAGUUAGCUAAAAACGAUGAAUUUGCAAAAUCGCUCGUAAUAUACCCGAUAUACGAUCACAAUCUCAUUUAUAAAUUUAACACUUACUUUGCAGCAAUCAAGUCUAUUGAAAUUCAAGGAAAUAUCUCUAACAUUCGGGAAGCAAUCUUAAACAUGGCACAUUUAGGUCCAUCGCAAGAACAUGACGUGUCCUGGCCUGUUGGCAAUCAGCCGGGAAACAAGGCCUCUGGACGUUUCGAUAUCUUGCGGUGGAUGUACUUCAACGAGACUCAUACAUUUUUCAGUACAGACUUCUUGGGUGUGCAAGAAUUAAAAACUAACGCGAAAUUUGACAUAGAUCGGAUUAUUAAUGUAACAGCCUCUAGCAUCAUUGCCAAUUCCCCGCUAAAGUUGAAAUUUAAAAGAUUACUCAACGGAUAUCAAAAGUUCGAUGCAUCACGAGGAAUGGAUUACAUAUUAGACUUGGCGUUUACUGACGUAACAACCGGCAAAGAAGUCAUAAAGAGAAUAGAAGUGUGCAAACCACUUGGUAAGGUUGAAAUUUUACCUGUUCCAUACGUAACAGAAAACACGAGAGUUAAUAUAAUAUUGACCGUUGACUCGUUGAGAAAGCAGGAUGCGUUAAAGUUUUUGGAACAGUAUGCUGCUGACUGCAUGGAGAAAAAAUAUAAAACUUUUCUCAUGGCGGUUCUUUUGUAUAAUUUCAAUUCCCCCUCGAAAGGCAAAGAUGAUGUAUUCUACGAUGUCAAACAAUAUGCGCUUACGUUAGCUGAAAAGUAUAAGAAAAACCAAUCGAAAAUCACUUGGCUCUCUAUACGUUUGCCAAAUAACGUAACAUCCAUUGACUUUGAUCCGACGUUAACUAUUGCCGUCACGGAUUUGUGCAUCAGAAAAUUUUCGCCUGAAAGUUUAAUACUCUUUGCAGAGACUGGAAUACAACUUCGAUUGGAUUAUUUAAACAGAAUUCGUAUGAAUACCAUCAAUCAGUACCAAAUAUUUAGCCCAAUUCCGUUCGUGGAAUUCCAUCCUGAUAUAGCUCAUAUGAAUGACGUGAAAUAUGUUGACUCGGACAUUAACCGUAAUCACGGGAGAUACGACGAAUACAAUUAUAACAAUAUUGCUUUUUACGUAAGGGAUUACAACGCAAUGCGGAGAAACGUGGAGACCAGCAUUCCAAUAACACACUCCGACAGGGACAUACCGUCUCUUUUAAAACUCUCUCAGGAUAUACCUGUGACAUCUUUGUACGAAAUGUUCGUUUCCUUCAGUAAUUUACAUAUACUACGCGCGGUAGAACCAGCCCUUAAAGUAAAAUAUAAAGACAUCGAUUGCACUAGCGCUUGUAACAAUAAUAUGUAUAAGCUUUGCGUCCGAUCUAGAAGCUUCCACUUGGGUCGACGCAGUCAACUCGCCAGAUUAGUGUUGGAUUACAAAACGUACAAAAAUAAUUUACUAGCGUAA